GAGGUACCACCUGCAGCUCUGGCAGCAAUAAAAAGGCAAGGGAGCAGACACAUCAGCAGAGUUGUAUGAGGAGCACAUCCUUAUGUACUCCAGCUGCCUGGGCGCUGCAGAGAUGGUGCAAGUGACUCCCUUCCUCCUGGUGCUCAGCCUGGCUCCUGUCUUCUCUGCACGAGAGUGUGUGCUGACUGGUGAGUGGGUCAAUGACCUGGGCUCCAACAUGACCAUCGGGCCUGUGAAUACAGAAGGCAAAUUUGAUGGCUCCUACCUCACGGCUGUGAAAAAAGCCCCAGGCAAGAUCCAUAUUUCGCCACUGGCAGGGUACCAGCAUGCAACGAACAUAUGGAGGCAGCCAACGUUUGGCUUCACCGUCAACUGGAACUUUACAGACCCUCCCAUAAAUUCCAUCACCGUCUUCACGGGUCAAUGUUUUGUCGACGAUGGGGGGAAGGAGACUUUGAAGACCAUGUGGCUCCUGCGGUCAGCUGCGGACAACAUCAAAGAUGACUGGAAAGCCACCAUGGUUGGCACCAACACCUUCACCCGUCGGUACCUACAGGAGCAGGGUGGCAUUGUGGGAGAUUCCAAGGCUCGCAGAAGCACCUGCGAUGCUCAAUGCAUCAGCUGCCACCCCACCUGCUUCUAAUAUGGAGACCCCCUCUCCUAUCCCACCACCUGCUUCCAAUAAUAAAGUUUUCCUGCA